GGGCACUCGGUGGAAUUCCGCAUCAUGUCCGCGCGUUGUGGUUGCUGGUCUCGUCGGAGCACCAAAGGACACCAAGUCCGAGAGAGGCUCUACGCGACGGUGCCUGGCUUCUGUGAUGGUUUCGCCAGCACUGACCUAGCUGAAUGCUGUUCAAUGAGGCCACGAGCCCAUCCACUCGAGUGUCGUCGCGGAGCGCAUGCACCUAAUCUCGUCCGAUCUAAUUUGCCCACACGCAAUGCCGGAGCAAGACCAGCGGACACAGGGAGUAGUAAAUGGCCAGACUGAAUUGCGGGUUUCAAAUGUGUGAUUGAGUAACUCACGUGCACACGUUCUGGCUAGAAAGUUGCACACUCGCAAGGCGGGGCAUGGAGCAGAGGGCAGCCCGUGGCAAGGAGAGGACUUGGAGCGAAGGAGCUGUGGGCCAUCGACUGCAUUGCCGGUCGACGGACGCGCUGCCGGUGCAUCACUUGGACAACCAGACGAAUGCAUUUCAUUGGUAGAAUUAGAUUGCGUAUGGACCUAUGAAAGUGUCGUAUUGCAAUUGGAUGCAUUUGAUUGGCCCCCUGAGCAUGCCGGGUCGAGUCGGGGUUUUCGUCUUCCUCUCUGCCAACGUUCGUCGCGAAGAUGGCGCUCAAGUGCCGCAACUUCUCCCGCCUCGUCUUGAUUUUCACGAAUGUGCUCUUCCUUGUCCUUGGAGGCCUCCUUAUCAUGAUCGGUGGGUACAUGAUGUCAUCGCCAGACUUGAACGAGUUCACGUCCGACACGAUCUCGGGAGCAAUCAUUGCGUCGGGGUUCCUCAUUGUGCUCGUGGCGGCGCUGGGGUGUUGCGGCGCGCACUGGGAGAGCAAAGUGUUUCUCUGUCCAUAUGCGACUCUGGUGACGGUGUCAAUCAUGUCCCAACUUGCUCUCGCCGCAUUCAUGCUUCAACUCCACAAGUCUCUCAUCAAGCUCAGCAACCUCGACUACAACGUGCAGCACGAGUUGCUGACGACGGAAGACACGACUGUCCUGACCGAACUCCACAACGUCUUCAAGCACGCGUACUCGUCGUGCGCACCCGAAGUCGACCUCACCAAGACGUUCGAGACCGGCGCCAUGGUCGCCCGAUGCAUGGGAGAGGAUGCUUCUUACAACUGGUUUGCCGACUUUGUGUCGCAGCGAUGUAUGAUCACGGCAGCAGACCUGAUGCCGAACAGUCCGUUCCAAAAGUGUGCCGGUGAAGCGAUCGUGCAAAACGUAACAAUAUUGGCGGAGCAAGCGCUCUUUUGCUCAUGCGAAACCAAACUUGUGACCUGGAUGGACAAACAAAGUGAGAUGAUCGGGGUCGUCGUUGCCGCGAUCGGAGGAUUCGAAAUCGCCCUCGUGUUCCUUUCCUGCUACCUCAUGUGUACUCAGCGCCGUCGGUCGAAAGGAUAUCAAGAGAUCCGCAUGCCGCUCAAGAUGCAACACAACAACGCGAACGUAUACCACACCAUGUCAGCGCCGUACCAGCAGCACAACGUUCAAGGCACUGCCAUGUAUGCACCCGUGCCCAACACCGACUCUCGCAUCAAACCAUAGUUAUAGUCGUGAUGGCAAAUGUAAUAUUCCUUGCCAUUGCAGUACCGUGCAUCUCGCGCGCUGUCGGACGAACGGCAUCAUGAGCCGCCCCACUGCGUUCAAUUCGUCGCGUUUUGGAGUUGAACUCGUAUGGCAGUCCACCUUGACGGGCACCAUAGCGUAGCUUCGCCGAAG